AUGAAGUCUCUCCAUCUCCCCGCCGCCAUGUUGCUGGUGCCGGCGGCCCAGUUCGUCAUGGGGGCUUGUGCCAGCAGAUGCAGCGCCCUCGUUGACUCGCUGGACCUCGAGGACACCACCGUCUGGUUCUCCAGUCAUGUCGCUGCCGGCACGAACAUUACGUUCCCGGGGAACCAUCCGACCUGUACCCGCACCAGCCAGGUUGUUGACAUUGACAUCUGCCGUGUCUCCAUGCUCACGACCACUGGACCGACGAGUAACACGAGCAUCGAGGUCUGGUUGCCAGCCAACUGGACUGGUCGCUUCCUGAGCACCGGCAAUGGUGGCACGGGCGGAUGUAUCCAGUAUGAGGACGUCAACUACGCCGUGUCGCGGGGCUUCGCCGCCGUCGGCACGAACAACGGCCACAACGGCACCAUUGGCGAACCCUUCCUCAACAACCCGGGCGUCAUUGAGGAUUUCGCCUACCGGGCCCUCCAUCUGGGUGUCGUUCUCGGCAAGCAGGUCACCAAGGCAUUCUACGGCAAGGCGCACACGAAAUCGUACUAUCUCGGCUGCUCGACUGGUGGUCGUCAGGGCUUCAAGGAGGCACAGGACUUCCCCGAAGACUUUGACGGCAUCGUCGCCGGUGCCCCCGCUUUCGCGUUCACAAACCUCACGUCGUGGAGCGGCAGCUUCUUCACCAAGACUGGGCCGCCAGGCUCCCCCACGUUCCUGACGACCGAGCAGUGGAAUGCCGUGUGGCAGAAUAUCUUGGUGCAAUGCGACGGCCUCGACGGUCAGGUUGACGGCAUUCUCGAGGAUCCGGACCUCUGCCAGUACCGGCCCGAGGCCCUCAUCUGCGGCGCCAACACGACGGACACCUGCCUCACGGGCACCCAGGCGCAGACGGUACGCGCCGUCUUCUCGGACCUGCACGGCAUCGACGGCUCCCUCGUCUACCCGCGCAUGCAGCCGAGCCCGCAGCUGGGCCUGCUCCUCGGCGGCCGGCCCUUCCCCUACACGAACGACUGGUUCCGCAACGUCGUCUACAACGACAGCAGCUGGGACGCGGCGACGCUGGGGCCGGCCGACUACGCCGCGGCCGCCAAGCAGAACCCCUUCAACAUCGCCACGUGGGAGGGCGACCUGUCGGGCGUGCGCGACCGCGGCGCCCGCAUCCUGCACUACCACGGCCUCCAGGACCCCAUCAUCUCGAGCGACAACUCGGCGCGCUACUACAACCACGUCUCGCGCACCAUGGGCCUCACGUCGGCCGCGCUCGACGAGUUCUACCGCUACUUCCGCAUCUCGGGCCUGAACCACUGCGCCGGCGGGCCGGGCGCCACGUUCAUCGGCAACAGGGCCGUGGCCGUUGCAGGGGACGAGCCGGAGCGCAACGUGCUGUCGGCCAUUGUGCGGUGGGUCGAGGAGGGCAUUGCGCCCGACCACAUCCUCGGCACGGCGUACAUCAACGGGACCAAGACUGCGGGCGUGAAUUUUGAGAGGAAGCACUGCAAGUACCCUGCGCGGAACGUGUACCGAUCUGGGGAUCCCAAGCUGGCGGACAGCUGGGCGUGCGUUUGA